CUGUUAAAUCUGUCAUGUUUCUGUCCACAGGGCUCAUAAAUCCACUGACCUGACCUCCACACUGAAGGAUGGAGUACAUGCAAGCUCCUGCCACAAGCAGCCAGGGGAACAUCCUGUGCUGUACCUGUGGCAUCCCCAUCCCUCCCAACCCGGCCAACAUGUGUGUCGCCUGCCUGAGAACUCAGGUGGACAUCUCCGAGGGAAUCCCCAAGCAAGUCACAGUGCACUUCUGCAAGCAGUGUGAAAGGUACCUGCAGCCUCCAGCCAGCUGGGUGCAGUGUGCUCUGGAGUCCAGAGAACUUCUGGCACUUUGCCUGAAGAAAAUUAAGAGCUCUAUGACCAAAGUGCGUCUCAUCGAUGCUGGCUUCCUGUGGACGGAGCCUCACUCCAAAAGGAUCAAGAUGAAAGUGACCAUCCAGAAAGAGGUGAUGAACGGAGCGAUCCUGCAGCAGGUGUUUGUGGUGGAGUUCGUCGUCCAGUACCAGAUGUGUGACGACUGCCACCGUGUGGAAGCCAAGGACUUCUGGAAGGCCGUGGUCCAAGUCAGGCAGAAGACGGUUCAUAAAAAGACAUUCUACUAUCUAGAGCAGCUGAUCCUCAAGCACAAACUCCACCAGAACGCCCUCAACAUCAAAGAAAUCAAUGAUGGAAUUGAUUUCUACUUUGGCUCCAAGCAGCACGCUCAGAAGAUGGUGGACUUCCUCCAGUGCACCGUGCCCGGCAGGUCAAAGACGUCCCAGCGCCUCAUCUCUCACGACAUCCAUUCAAACACAUUCAACUAUAAGAGCACCUUCUCUGUGGAGAUUGUACCUGUCUGCAAGGACAACGUAGUGUGCCUUUCACCACGGCUGGCGCAGAGCCUGGGGAACAUGGGUCAAGUGUGUGUGUGCGCCCGAGUCACCAGCACCAUUCACCUCAUCGAUCCCAACACCCUGCAGAUUGCUGAGGUGGACAACAACACGUACUGGAGGAACCCCUUCAACAGCCUCUGCUACCCGAAGCAGCUGGAGGAGUUCAUCGUGAUGGACAUCGACAUCAUCAGGAACCAGAAGCUGGCUGCUGGAGCCGGCAUCAGGUCCAAUAAGCACACCCUGGCUGAGGUCUGGGUCCAGAAGACUUCAGAGAUGGACACCAGUCAACAGUAUCACUGCCGCACAUUCCUGGGCCACCUGCUCAACAUCGGAGACUUUGUGCUGGGAUUCGACUUUGCCAAUUCCAACGUCAAUGACGAGUACCUGAACAAGAUGAACCCUCACCAUGUUCCUGAUGUGGUUCUGAUCAAGAAGAGCUACGACCGCUCCAGGAGGGUGAAGCGCAGGAACUGGAAGCUGCAGGAGAUGCCGAGAGACCGUGAGGGCAUGGACACCGAUGAUGAGAGACAAUUCCAGGACUUCCUGGAGGACCUGGAGGAGGACGAGGCUCUGAGGAAGAACGUCAACAUCUACAGAGAUGCAUCAAAGAUCCCGGUGGAGAGUGACGCUGAGGAUGACGGUGCUCCUCGUGUCUCCUUGGCUGAGAUGUUGGAGGAGCUCAGCCUCAAUGAUGCAACAGGAGGAGAAGGAGCCGACAUGAUGACGGAGUAGCUGCUCGCUGAUCUGUCAGAUAAUAAUACAGUGAUACAAUUACACACAGAGCUGAACUGACAGCAGGUUGAGGACUGAAAAAAACCAUCAUCACCAGACUGAUGUAGUGACUCAUCAGUUAAAACCCAGAAACUCUGAGUUCUACUCGUGAAACUGACUUCAUGUUGUUUCAACUGAUAAUUAACUUUCCCUCAUCAUCCCAGUAGCUUUCUAUCUCCACAACGGGCCUAAAUAAAUAAAUGAAUGAAGGUUUUCAGCUGUUUCUAAAGAACUCUUCUCCCUUUUUGUCCUGUAACAUUUUGAAGUGAUGUGAAAAUGAACUGCUUCUUUUUCACUAAAUCAAAAAUAAAUAUUUGUCCUGAUGAA